AUGAACGCCACUCAAGCCGUCAUCGAUUGGAUAAGCGCACAUCCGUAUCAAACAGCCUUUCAUGUGGUGAACGGCGUCAUCAUCUGUACGCCUGCAGCAGCGACCGUUCCAUUCCUGAGUGCACUUGGCUUCGGAGCUACAGGUCCAAUAUCAGGCUCGGCUGCGGCCUCUGUCAUGUCAUACUUCUCCAUUGUGCCUGCUGGAGGUGUCUUCGCCACAGCUCAGAGUGCGGCAAUGGGCGGCUACGGGGCGGGCCUUGCUGCGGGCGCAGCGCAGGUGGGAGCAGCGCUCACUUCUGCCACGGCGUGGUUGCUGGGAAGAAACGCUACAGCCGGAUGA